GAGGACCUUAUUACCUGUAUCAGACUAGGACCUUGUACCUGUAUCAGACUAGGACCUUGUCACCUGCACAUACCUGCCAAGACCUGAUGACCUGCAGUACCUCUAACCACCAGCAUUCUGUGACCAACUGACGCCAUCACUCGGACAUGGAAACCACAGCAGACGACCACACACCUGCCAGUCAAGGUCACGUGGGUGAGGAUGACACACAGCAUCAACCACAGGCCAGCGAAGCGAGCGGGCAGGUGGAGGUCCCAGACGGCGGACUGGACACGGCACACACUGCCACGGCUUUAGAUGACCCAGAUCCGGCCGCCACUCUGGGGAUCAGUAGGUCAACGGGAAUCUCCGUGAAGACAUCGAGGGCAGCCUUGGCCAGGACCCCGAGAAGUAUGCUCGCUGAGAACACAGACGUCCAUGACGUCACGGCUAACGACCAUGACGUCACGACAGACGACCAUGACGUCAUGUCACGAGAACCUACCCAGAAUGUACUCAUCACAGAGCUCCAGGACGACGAGCCUGUGCAGCGUGACGUGGCAGGUGACGUCACUGGUGACGAGGAUGACGUGCAGUAUGACGAUUACAACGGCAUUGAAGACAUCGAUGACAGCCUGAACAACAGCCAAGGUCACGAGAGUCACGGUCAGCUCAGACGGGUGGAGCUGUUGCUGGUGGAUGACCUUCGGGAUGAGGACUACGACACUGACCUUGACACUGGGGGAGACGAAGAAGAAGAUUUUGUCAUCUCCUACUACAAGACGGUCUGCGAGGAGCUGGGUCUCGUGCCUGUCAAAUAUUUUCUGCACAGGAUCAAAGAGCCGGUCAUCAGGAUGCGAUACAGGGGGUUGGGUACUGACGCCACUAAAGCUAUAGCGUUAGCCCUCAAGGAAAGUGUGACCUUGGAUCGCCUUGACCUUUGCGGGAACUGGAUCGGAGACGAGGGCGCCAAAUACAUGUCAAGGUUGCUGGAGGAGAACGAUUACAUCACAGACGUGACGCUGUCAGAAAACAAGAUAGGGAGUGAGGGAGGGGCAGACCUGGCUCACAUGCUCAGCUUUAAUGGAGGACUCAGGAGGCUCGACUUGUCAGGUAACGAGUUUGACGACAAAUGUGCAGAGAACUUUGCCCAGGCCAUUGAGAACAACAAAUACCUGAGAGAGCUCAACCUCAGCCGUAAUAAGUUCUCAGACGUAGGGGCACAGCUGCUGGCUCAAGCCAUAGGCUCCAAUGAAAACCUGGAUAUUUUGGACCUCAGCUGGAAUCACUUUAGGGAAAGUGGAGGUGUCGCUAUAGCUAAAGGUCUAAAGGAAAACGUGCGCCUGAAAGUCUGCAACUUGUCCUGGAAUGGCCUGGGGCCAGCCGGUGGCCUGGAAGUGGCCGAAGCUCUGGCCGUGAACCAAACUCUGCUGGAAGUGGACAUCUCUGGCAACCGUCUGGGACAGGAAGUGGCCAUAAAGAUGGCCAAAGUCCUGACAACCAACGACACGCUGAGAAUUCUUAAGAUGGGCAACAACCUGAUUACGUCCUCGGGAGCUCUCGCCCUCGCCUCGGCCAUCAACAACACACAGAGCUGUGAGCUAGAGGAGCUAGACCUGACGGAUGUGCCUGUAGAGUACGAGUUUCUGCGGACUAUGGAGGACGUGAAGUAUCGCAGACCGGACUUCCGGGUGAAACACGGUCCCAUCAUGCGCUCCGGCAACACGGUACAAGACAUCUCGAGUCCGGCUAUAGACGUGGACCGGAUCAAGAAACAGCCGGUCGUGCUUUUGAAGGAGCAUAUCGUCAUCAACGACAUGCGACUCCUAGACAUCUUCAAGAGAUACGACACAGACGACUCCAUGAGCAUUUCACCUGAGGAUUUUAUAGCAGCACUCGAGGAACUGGCGGUGCCGUACGACAAGAAAAGAUUGGAAGAAUCCAUUAAAACUUUUACAACUAACUCUACGGGGAAAAUCUUUUUUGGAAAACCAAACGACAACACAAGAACAAGCACAGAAAGCCCGACGUAAAAUCUUA